UAAUGCAACGAGAGGAACGAAAGAUUUACUUGGAAAUAUUUUUUCCUACGGAAGUGAAAACCACUGUUAUUCCAUAACUGUUCUGUUAAGGUUGUCGCAAGUAUUCGAAGAUGAGAAAAGUACCGUCAUUCCUUGGGUUGGCGCUGUGGCUGCCGUUGUACCAACAGCAUUCGAUCAACGCUUUCACUUGCUCGAGCGUAACUCCUUUCCGCUUGGGCGGGAAGAGUGCCGAAGGUGGAACAGCCUUGAAUCUUGCAUCCGAUACCACGACGACCUCCCUUGUUGACAAGGUGCAGCGACUGAAGAAAGUAUUGCAACGGGAAUACAUUUCCUUUUUUGAUCCCAUGCAAUGCGAAUACUACAGCGACAGCGUCUCUUUUGAGGAUCCCAUGACGUCUCUGGCGGGAGUCGACAAUUACAAAAACAACGUGGACAUGCUUGCGAGCAGAACCCUGCUGGGGAAAUUUCUAUUCCAGGACGCGGGAAUCGUCCUCCACAAAGUUGAAGGCGGAGAGGUAGAUCCCGUCGACCGAAGCAUCUCAAAUAUUAUCACCCGCUGGACUCUCCGAGUAACCGUGAAAGCCAUCCCCUGGAAGCCCACCGCAAGGUUCACGGGAAUUUCCGUAUACGAGGUAUCCUCGGGAGGAUCGGAAGGAGUUGUGGUCGACCACCAAACCGAUUAUUGGGAUUCUAUCAACAUACAAAGUGGGGGAGGUUAUGGAAAAGUGGACAAAUCCAUCGCMGUGAAUCACUUUCUGGACCAGCUCAAACCAGGGAAUGUCAAUGCGGUUGCAGCAGGACUGGAGUUGCCCUAUGAGCUGCUUCGGAUUGGAAAAGAUUACGAACUGCGACGCUAUCCUAUUUACACCUCUGCGACGAUUCCAUACGAUCGAAGAGACGAAGGAUACGACGUUCUGGCAUCGCUCACCAAGGGAAUGACGCCUCUGGCACCCUCUCUGAUGGAAGUACCGAACGACGACUCGAAAAAAUCCAUGUCGUGGCCUCUCGUGUACGCGCUGCCCGGUGAAUCGUCCCCCAAGCCGAUCCCGGAAGAAAUCCUCGAGCGAUCGAAAGAACCACUCUGGGACGGCUGCGACAUCGAAAACAUUGGCAGCAAGGUGGUUGCCGUGGGGACCUUCUCGGAUGCUAGCGUUGCUCCAAUUGUUCGAAAAGCCGACAGGGCCCUGCGCGAAUCCCUGAAACGAGACGGAAUUGCCGUUCCGAGCGGCAGCGACUCGUCCGUUCGAUUUGCACAAUACGACGCAAUUUUCAGCAUGGGAAAACGGCGAGGAGAAGUCUGGAUUGAACUCGAUGACGAUGGCCACCCUUACUAAAUUUCUAGCCUCAAAGUAUACAGUGCCCGAAAAUAGGAAAAGAAUGAUCCGGAAAUGCACCCCGGCAUCCCUUGAGAUGGCAGGAACGAAAAUGCACAAUCAAACAUAGCUUGUUCC